AUGGUUAUCUUCAUGGCUUUUUGCCAUGUUCACGUUGCCUGUUGGAAGGGAUCGGCACAUCUUUUCUUUAUUUUCUGGUUCAGAAUAUUAUGUUAUGUAUGGAGAGCUCCGUGGACUAGACUGGUGUGGAGCGCUCCGUGGACUAGACUGGUAUGGAGCGCUCCGUCGACUAGACUGGUGUGGAGCGCUCCGUGGACUAGACUGGUAUGGAGCGCUCCGUGGACUAGACUGGUAUGGAGCGCUCCGUGGACUAGACUGGUAUGGAGCGCUCCGUGGACUAGACUGGUAUGGAGAGCUCCGUGGACUAGACUGGUAUGGAGCGCUCCGUGGACUAGACUGGUAUGGAGCGCUCCGUCGACUAGACUGGUGUGGAGCGCUCCGUGGACUAGACUGGUAUGGAGCGCUCCGUGGACUAGACUGGUAUGGAGCGCUCCGUGGACUAGACUGGUGUGGACUAGUCUGGUAUGGAGAGCUCCGUGGACUAGACUGGUAUGGAGCGCUCCGUGGACUAGACUGGUAUGGAGCGCUCCGUGGACUAGACUGGUAUGGAGCGCUCCGUGGACUAGACUGGUAUGGAGCGCUCCGUGGACUAGACUGGUAUGGAGCGCUCCGUGGACUAGACUGGUAUGGAGAGCUCCGUGGAUUAGACUGGUAUGGAGCGCUCCGUGGACUAGACUGGUAUGGAGCGCUCCGUGGACUAGACUGGUAUGGAGCGCUCCGUGGACUAGACUGGUAUGGAGCGCUCCGUGGACUAGACUGGUAUGGAGCGCUCCGUGGACUAGACUGGUAUGGAGCGCUCCGUGGACUAGACUGGUAUGGAGCGCUCCGUGGACUAGACUGGUAUGGAGCGCUCCGUGGACUAGACUGGUAUGGAGCGCUCCGUGGACUAGACUGGUAUGGAGCGCUCCGUGGACUAGACUGAUAUGGAGCGCUCCGUGGACUAGACUGGUAUGGAGCGCUCCGUGGACUAGACUGGUGUGGAGCGCUCUGUGGACUAGACUGGUAUGGAGAGCUCCGUGGACUAGUCUGGUAUGGAGAGCUCCGUGGACUAGACUGGUAUGGAGCGCUCUGUGGACUAGACUAGACUGCUAUGGAGAGCUCCGUGGAUUAGACUAGACUGGUAUGAAGCGCUCCGUGGACUAGACUGGUAUGGAGCGCUCCGUGGACUAGACUGGUAUGGAGCGCUCUGUGGACUAGACUGGUAUGGAGCGCUCUGUGGACUAGACUGGUAUGGAGCGCUCCGUGGACUAGACUGGUAUGGAGCGCUCCGUGGACUAGACUGGUAUGAAGCGCUCCGUGGACUAGACUGGUAUGGAGCGCUCUGUGGACUAGACUGGUAUGGAGCGCUCUGUGGACUAGACUGGUAUGGAGCGCUCUGUGGACUAGACUGGUAUGGAGCGCUCUGUGGACUAGACUGGUAUGUUGUGUAUAGGGUACGCCAUAGACUGGUAUGGAGCGCUCCGUGGACUGGUAUGGAGAGCUCCGUGGACUAGACUGGUAUGUUUUGUAUAGGGUACACCAUAGACUUGUAUGUUGUGUAUAGGGUACGCUAUAGACUGGUAUGGAGCGCUCCAUGGACUGGUAUGGAGAGCUCCGUGGACUAGACUGGUAUGUUGUGUAUAGGGUACGCCAUAGACUGGUAUGUUGUGUAUAGGGUACGCUAUAGACUGGUAUGGAGCGCUCCAUGGACUGGUAUGGAGAGCUCCGUGGACUAGACUGGUAUGUUGUGUAUAGGGUACGCCAUAGACUGGUAUGUUGUGUAUAGGGUACGCCAUAGACUGCAUGCUUCAAUAGUUCAGAUUUUUCAGUUUGACAUUUCACCAGUUUUACUUUUGAGCUUUGCCUUCCAUCAGAUUUGGUUGUUUUAUCAUAUUUAGGGACAUCCUUAAAUGGUUGUUUUUCCUGUGUUUUAUAUUGUACAACAGACAAUGACACUAACACUGUGUAAAUGUGAUCAGUGGUGAUAGUUGCUGGUUGAAAAUACAAGGACCUUCUAAUCAGUACAUUUGCAUGAGUGGAGUUUUGGUUUUCCGUGGUGACAUCACCAUGCUGUAAAUUGGUUAAUAGACCAAUAACAAAGAGUGCUAAUAACAGCUAGUUCAAACAUUCUUGCUUGAGUUUUUUGCUAAAAAGGUAUUUGUGCCCAUUUGAAUGGAAAUCUAUUACAGUAAGGUACUUAAUUGUUACUCAGAAAGGAUUUGAUAUUGAUGCAUAAACGUCUGCAUUCAGCCUUUAACAUGAACCUCCACUCUGAAGGUGUUGAAUAUUUUGUUGUGUGGACAGGGCCGGCCUAACCUAAAGCAUAUAUUUUUUUGGGGGGGGACGACACCGAAGAGAAACAGUUUUACACUUAAUUUCCUGAAAUUCUACACAUUUUGCCAUGAUAUGCAAUGUUAAAAUGAUGUUGAGUGACUAAGAAAAUCAAUUGGGGCCCACUGGAGGUCUUGUGCUCCUGGGUGCGUGCCCGGUCGGUGAUUCAAUCAUGAUCACUAAUUUACUAAUCUAAAACAAUGUUAGCUGACAUGGGCUAAUAGAGUGACUGCCACACAACCACAUUUAGAAGUUGCACCUGGUGUAUUCUAAAUCUCAACUGUAAGUUUUGACCGAGUUCCAAUUUUUUUGGUGGGGGGGCCCGGGCCCCAAGCAGUCCCUUCUGUUGCUUUAUACCUAGGGCCGGCCCUGUGUGGAUGUCAUUCUAAACCAGAGGUUUCACUGUUUAACUUAUUAACUGAAGUGAUUAAAAAUGUUUUUACCUAACAAGUGUUUGACGGUAUUGUGGUGGACAUUAAACCGAGAAAUAUUGUUACAUAUUGCAAGGUAGUGUUUUUAUAUUUGGGUCACUAGUGCAAAAACAAUAGGGUCAAUCUCCACAUGUUCGCAGUAAUGCCUAGUAGAAUGUAAUAAAGUACUUCAUUUUGUAUUUGUUCGGUACUGAUGAGAGCAAUAACAAAAAUUGAUACACAAAUAUAGUUUUAGUUUAUCUUUGAAGGACAAACUGACCGUGGUAUAUAUUUCUUUUAAGAAGUCAAAUCGGACAAAAUGCAGAGCACUAACUUUAAACCUUCUGUACUUGAUCUAAUUCUGUCUGUGGCCUCGGCAAGUGUUAUAUUAUGCACAAAGACUAUAUUCAACUGUAUGUAAUGUGAAGGGCAUGCCCCAAAUGGCAUCCUUUUCCUUAUAUAGUGCACUACUAUGGCUCAAAAGAAGUGCACUAAUUAGGGAGCCAUUUUGGACACAAAUGAUUUUAAAUAGUGGGGGACUGAUGAUGUGUGACUGCUGCAUGUGACCGAGGCUGGGAUUCAAAUCCGACCGUGUUAUAGGCCCCUCAAAGGGCAGGAGACCACGUUCACACGUUGGCCCAAUCAGAAAUCACCUUUUAAAUGGCGCGUUGCCAACUAAAGAGCCAUGGAUUGAAUCCCGGCCCACCUCGUUGUUCUACUGUCUUCAGAACCAACCAAACAGGGAGAGACAACUUGGACAAUAAACUCUUUCGGUUUCUAUUGGGAAAUUGUUUUAAAACAUUUCCCCUUGUGUGCCCCAAUGAACACUACCCAGGCUGGUGAAUGUAUCCUAAAUGGCAGCCUAUUCCCUAGAAAGUGCACUACCCCUAGGGACCCUGGUCUAAAGUAGUGCACUACCCCUAGGGGCCCUGGUCGAAAGUAGUGCACUACCCCUAGGGG